GAGCAGAAAAAAAUGGCGAUUUAAUUGAGGGGUUUUUGAAUGGUUUUUAGUUGACAUAUUUACAAACACCUAAAUAGCAGCUAACAACAACUUCACUGGAGCCGCCAUUGAACUGAGCUUCUUCAAUUCAGAGCUACCUCUCUCAAUCAAAUUGUGAAAAAAGCACCUAGAAUCCCAUUACACAACAGAAUGAGCGAUUGAUGAGUGUGCCGAUGAUUGUCUGUAAUAGCAGAAGAAGAGGUAUUUGAAAGAAGUUGGGGAAAUCGAAUUUGGGUUUGCAGGCUUGAAAAAUCUGUCGCCGUCGCCAUGUCUAGUUGAUUAUCAAUGGCGAACGCUAAACCAUGGCGGAUCAUCCCAAGACCCCUGCUGGAAACAGUGCUCAACAAUCACGUGCAGCACCACCGCGUGCCUCAGCCUCUCAUCCUUCAUGGCCCCCGUGGCUAUGGAAAAACCACCCUUAUUCUUGAACGUCUAUUUGAUAAAUGGAAUACUGGCCCGCACGUUACUGGUUAUGUCGACUUUGCAGAAUCAGUAAAGGAAUACCAUCCAAAGCAUGGGCAAUCAUAUCCAUGGACAUCGUGGACGAUGUGUCCGCCUCCUAAACUUGUUACGCUGAAGGCUCAGCUUGAGAACUGCCUUGAGUCAAUGGCCCAGAGGGCCAUAAAGCUUGGGACUAUUAAUUCCCACCAAAUAUUUAAGACUCUUACCAAAUGGCACAGUCCAACCACGGCCCUCAACCAGAUUUUGAAUGUUAAGACUGUUUCCAAAAUGCAUAUAGUUGAUAAAAAGAACAGGGUAUCCCCAUCAAAAUUGUGGAACACUGCAAUUUUUAAAUUUUCUUCUGCAUUAAAUGAGCAAGAGUUAGAUGGGGUUCUCGAUAAGAGCAUUUCUGUGGAGGAGUCAUCAUAUUACAAGGAAGCCAUGGCAGCACUGAAGUUGGCCAAAGAGGUGAUUAGGAUUCAAGGAAAGUGGAGGGAGAAUGCAAUUCAAGAUUUGAACAAUAGUGGUGGAUUUUCGCGUUCCCUAGGACAUUCUGCUACUGAUUGGCCUUGUUUGUUGCUAGAGUUAUUGUCUUUAGCUGCAGAAGUGGAUUAUUUUCAGCCAAAGCUGGUGAUAAACAAUAUAGAGCUUCUGAAAAAUGCUGCUUUAGAGAAUGAUAGAAUGAUAUGUGGAUCCACAUACCAUGACAGCCUGAUUUGGAGAAUAAUAGCUUUGGGUGCAAAUGAAAGGUGUCUUCCAGUCAUUUUUGUAACUUCUGAUGGCUACUACUCAUAUAAAGCUUUUAUUGAUUUUGGAUUUCCAGAUGUUUUCAUCUCCCGUGAGACAUUUGGAUGGACUCCGGCAGAAGCAAAAUUGCAUAUGGUUGAUGAUUAUUUUAGUCAGUCUGAGUGGGAAGUAAUUGUUGAGGUACUGGGGUCAAAUUCCCGACAUCUAUUUGAGGUUUAUGCUCUCAAGCUCAGUAAUUAUUACCAGAAGGAGAUGAACUUUGAGAAUGAGACUACAUUUGAAGAUAUCAUGGACCUAUAUCUAGCGUACUUGCAAGUAAGCGUUGUUAAUCCUGCUAUGGAUAAAGCAUUAUUGCUCGUAGAAAAGUUUGCUGAUGAUGCACAAAAUGGGAAAAUCCCAGAGGAUGUAUUACGAGUCGGUGCUCCUUGGAGGCAUCCCCCCAAAACAGAUGUUGCAGCAUGGGCGAAAAUUCAGCUAAUGGACUUCAUUCAGUCUCUAGUGAAUGCAGGGUUUGUGGUUAAUUACUUUGCUGACUGGAGCCUCGAGUUCUUGGAGGAUCCUGCCGCUGAUGCACUGCUACAGGUUGGUUUGUUGUACACCCAACGUGAUCCGUCUUUUAUUCGCCCUGUCAGCCGUGGGAUCCAGAGGUGCCUUGUUAGAUGGCUUGUUCAAGAACGGCUAAAUCUGAGCUUAAAGAACUCCGUUCGGUUCCACUGGCAGCGUGUCAUACGAGGCCGUAGCUAUCGGCACUUGUUGAAACAAGCUGGAGUGAAAUAGUGUAUGGUGCAUCAGGUUGUUCUUGUAUGGCCAAGUUAGUGAAAGAUGAACUUUACUAUGCCACUCCAUGAAAUUAAGUGGUUCUAUUUCAGGCAACACAGCAGCAAUAGUUCGUUUAUUGGUUCGGAGCACUCUUCUGUCAUCGAAACUAAACAUUGCGCGGCGGAAGUGAAGAUCCAAAUUUUAUUAUUGAAAUCAAACUGCAGAUUGAGAGUCAUAGAAAUAUCAAAUUCAUUUAGGAUACAAAUUUAGUUUGCAAUAUCAUGGUGUUUCUGUUAAAUAUCAGUUGAUGAAAUUUGUAUUAUGUGACCACAUUUUAAUUUGAGGAUGUGAAACUUACGUGGUGGUUUAUAUUUGUACUUUAAUUAGAUGAUUGUUUAAAACGAAAUAAAUCAAAUCUUGGUUGGAGUUAAA